AUGGAAAGAAAGCUAUCAAUUGAAAAAUUCGGGAUAAAUAUCAUUGAUGAAAUAACAAACUUUUUAUUACCUCAAGAAAUUGUAUGUCUUUUUGGUGUAAAUCAGUAUUUUCAUAAACUCUGAAGCUCAAGAAUUUCUAAAAAAAUAUUUAAAGCUCUUCCGAAUUUUACUAACUCCCCUCCAUUAGCGAACGAAAAAAUUUUGUUCGCUCCUGGAAGGGGCUUAAAUGUAAAUUUUAAAUUAGAUUAGAUUAGAUUAAAGCUGGGUAUUUAUAGUCCCUACUUCGUGGACUGCAUACCGCGGUUUUACCCUCAGGGUGGCAGAGCGUACCCACAGCAAGCCCAGGCCGAAACCCCCAGUUUCUCGGUAGAGGUGAGGUCAAGGGACAGGAUACUGUCUUAGCUGACCGCCUCCAUUUCCAACUUUCUGUGUCGCCCAAGUUGACGCCAACACUGCCCUUUCCAUUCGCCAGAUCGCCCCGUUUGAUCGGGACCCUUUUAACUGGAGAGACUUGUGCCCUUAAGAUCUGCAUCGAGCUUCGCCUCCCCUCUUUCCCGGAUUAUCUCCAAGAAAGAACUUAACCCCUUGCGGGAUUCGGGGCUAAGCCACCAAGUAGCCUAGGCAGGUAACUCACCCUGCCUCUUUCGGACAUCGAGUCUGGGCCUCGGCGCUACUGACAAAAAGAAUGCGAAAAACUGCUGCCCGGCCAAGUCCCAAAAUCAGCGGAAAUUGGGCUGGGCCUCUCGCCUCGAGGCUAACUCUUCCCUUGAGUAGCUCUCCGCAUCCAAAAACCACGUCCGGUAUACAUAAGGAUACCCGCCACGGGUCACUCGUCUCCGGCCAUUUUAUGUAAAUUUUAAUAAUAUAUUUUUUUUUUAAACUUUAAAAAAAAUCCUAAUAUGAAAGUAAAUAUUUAUUUAAUUUAUAAAAUUUAUGAUUUAAAAUGCAGCUUGUUUGAAAUUAUAUAGAAUUAGCUAGAGAUUUUAUUAUACUAAUAAUUAAUUAUAUAUUAAAAUGUUUCGUAAAAUAUUUUAUAUCAAACAAUUUUUUUAUUCACUCACGAAGGGUGUUUUUUGGGCAAAAAUAGAGAUCUUUCCAGUGGUUUUUUUCGCUCACAGAAGGGGGAUUAAACAAAUAGAACUUCAAGAGAGGUGAUUGUAUCAUCAAAUGAAAAUGAUGUGCCUAAAUCAUAAUUAUCCAAAAAACAUAAAAAUAACUUCAAGCCAUUCCAUAUAUGUUUUAGAAUAUUUAUUCAACCCAAAGCCUGAAUUUAAGUUAUUUAUAGAUGGCCAAAUAACUAUUUGGAGACCUGAAAGUGAAAAUCAAAAAAUCACAACAUAUUCUGACCUCGCACACAUAGAAUUUGCUAUUCAUGCACAUGCCUAUGAAACUGAACAUCUGGCAUUAAUGCUAACAAAUAAUAGAAUCAAACAUAUUUAUAAAAAUGAGGAAAUCAACGAGUUUGAUAUUAGUGAAUUUGGUUAUUUGGCAAUAUCAAAAAUGUUUUAUUUGCCAAAUGCAAAUUUUCUUAUUUUUCAAUGCCUUUCAGGGGAUAUUAUUUAUAUGUCAAAUAAUGGAGAAAUUAUUUCAAAUAGAAAAUUAGGAGUUAUACAAAAAUAUAAAAAUUUGCCUUGAAAAAAUGACUCGUUUGUAGCUAUUAUUAAUAAUAAAUUUUUUCUUAUUGAGCCGCACUCGAUAAAAUUAUUAUGCCAGUACUCAAAAUCUGUUCUUGAAAAGCUUCCUGAAUUCUGACUAGCAAAAGAAACAGAAAAACUUAUAAUCCACACUGGUAAGAAAAAUAGUGGCUGAACGAGUAAUGCAUCACUGAAUUGAAUUUUUACCUAUAGGUAA